GCUGCAAGUACUCUAUUCGAUAAAUAUGGUAAGCCUGCUGGGGUAUCUUCUAGGCACCCUGCCUGUCUGCUUCCUUCCAUUUGUCUUUAUAGUAGGGGAGGAUUUGAGAUGGAUUAACAGCCAUGUCUUGAAAAUGAAUGAUGGAGAGGUACAGGAGCCCAAUAUCUCAUCACAAUAAAGGAAAAAGAAAUCAUCCUGCAUCUGCCACCCCCUCCAAGGCUCAGGGAGCCUUGCAGAAGAUUGGCGGAAAGAUUGUGAGAGCCAGAGGAAGAGGUUGGGUAGCUGUCGCCAGUUCAGCCGCAGCCCUGUGCAGUGGGUUCGGGAACCUGUGGCCUGGCUCUCUGCGCGUCCCCGUCCCCCCGUGGCCCUAGCCCCGGCCAUGAAGCGCAUCUUCUCCUGCUCCAGUUCACAAGUGGCGGUGGAGAGAUGGAACCGCCGUGAUCAGAAGCUUCUGGAGGCAGUGCAACGGGGGGAUGUGGGACGCGUGGCUGCCCUGGCCUCUAGGAAGUUGGCCCGACCCACCAAGCUAGACUCGAACGGCCAGUCCCCGUUUCAUCUGGCAGCCUCCAAAGGCUUGACGGAGUGUCUGACAGUUCUGCUUGCAAAUGGGGCUGACAUCAACAGCAAGAAUGAGGAUGGAAGUACCGCCCUGCAUUUGGCCACCAUCUCCUGCCAGCCACAGUGUGUAAAGGUCUUGCUUCAGCAUGGUGCUAAUGAAGAUGCUGUGGAUGCAGAAAACCGUAGUCCAUUACAUUGGGCAGCCUCCUCUGGCUGUGCCUCAAGUGUACUCCUGUUGUGUGACCACGAGGCUUUCCUAGAUGUGUUGGAUAACGAUGGACGCACACCCCUGAUGAUCGCGUCGCUGGGUGGUCAUGCAGCUAUCUGCUCACAGCUGCUGCAGAGAGGUGCCCGAGUUAAUGUUACAGACAAGGAUGACAAAUCAGCUCUGAUCCUGGCCUGUGAGAAAGGCAGCGCUGAGGUGGCUGAGCUGCUUCUGAGCCAUGGAGCAGAUGCUGGAGCAGUUGACAGCUCAGGGCAUAAUGCUCUGCAUUAUGCUCUGCGUACACAAGACCAGGCACUGUGGACACUGCUCCAGCAGGCCCUGAACCGGCGGCGGAGAGGUGGUCCUAGGCUUGUUCAGUAUCCAGAUCAUGCAUCACAGACCUCUCCAUCUGAGCCUCUAUUGGGUUCUCCACCUAAGAGUUCAUGGAGAGCAGAGCCUGAGGAAGAGCAGGAGGAAGAGGAGGAUGAAGAGCGGUACUCAGACGAAUGGAGGUGGAAGUAUGAAGAGGAAAGGAAGAAAGUUUCUCAGUUAGAGCAGGAGCUAGUACGAAAGAUGGAAGAGUGCAAGGUUCAAGCUGCAGCCUUCUUGGGCUUGGAGAACCAGAUUCGAGAGCAGGUACAAGAACUAGGACUUCUCCUAUCCCAAGAGCCUGGAGCUCCAGCAAGACAGGGCCUGGGUCUAAGGCCUGGAGGAGAUGGUAUGGAGGAGGGGUGUCCCCUGAACCUGCUGGUUGAGCGUAUCCAAGAGCUAAAGAAGCAACAGCAGUCAAGAGCCACAGUAAACCCAUUAGUCUCCAAGAGUGUUGGAGAGUCAGCCCCAGCAGAGAUCCAGUGUGAAGUACUUGAACCACAGGGGCUACCCCAGAGCCCAAGGUCUGAGACCACUGGGAAAGCCACAGGACAGCAACUGACCACCAAUAGGGGGCAGGCCCUUGACCUUGAUGAUAUUGACAAGGUGUGUGCUGACCAAAAGGAGAGGUCCCAGGUUCUAGGAAUUGAACCAGUAGGCCUAAUGGCAGAACCAGUGAGUACAACAGCCAUGAACCAGCUCCUUCUACAACUGAUGGAAGAGCUGGCUGCAGUGUGGCGAGAAAAGGAUGCUGCCAGAGGGGCUUUGUCAAGACCAUUUCUGGAAGGAGCCUUGGGGACUCCCAGGGCUGAGGCUGCAGCAGCUGCCUGGGAGAAGAUGGAGGCCCGGCUGGAGAGAGUGCUGGUGAGGCUAGAUAGGGCAAAGGCAGGAUUGCAAGUGAAACCUGAGGCCCCUGCUCCAAAGGUGGCCCCAGGGUGCAUCAAAGAACUGGAAGAAAAGAAAGGGGCUCCUGGAGCCAGAGGAGAGCCUCUAGGGGCCCCUGGAGAACAAGCUUCGGGAGGAGGCCCAGCAAAAGGACAGCUGGAGAAAGAGGUGUCAGCCCUGAGACUGAGCAACAGUAACUUGCUGGAGGAGUUGGGAGAGUUGGGACGAGAGAGGCAGAGGUUACAGGGCGAGCUGCAGUCCCUGAGCCAGAGGUUACAGCGGGAGUUUGUGCCCAAGCCGGAGGCACAAGUCCAGCUACAGCAGUUGCGGCGCAGCAUGGGGCUGCUGAAGGAGGAACUGGCGGUGGAGAAAGAGGCCACAGAGAAGCUGCGCCGGCGACUGGCCUCACAGAGUAGUGGCCUCCAAGGACUGUGGGACUGCCUGCCCGCAGACCUGGUGAGCAAGGGGAGGGUACAGAAUACAGCUGCAGAACCCCUGGAGGAGCUGCAGACCUGCAUCAGUACCCUGGUGGAUAAACACCGAGAGGCCCAGCAGAUGCUGGCUCAGCUACAGGAGGAAAACCAGCAGCUGAGGGGAUCCUUGACCCCAUGUGGGGAGCCAGAGGCCUCCUCAAAGGCUACAGCAUCCCCUCAAGUGGCCGCCCUGGAGCAAGAUCUGGGGAUGCUGGAGGAGGAGCUGCGGGCGGUCCAGGCCACGAUGAGUGGGAAGAGCCAGGAGAUCGGGAAGUUGAAAAAGCUGCUCUACCAAGCCACGGAGGAAGUGGCAGAGCUGAGGGCCCGGGAGGCAGCCAGCCUGCGGCAGCAUGAGAAAACUCGAGGAUCUCUGGUGGCCCAGGCCCAGGCUUGGGGCCAGGAGCUAAAAGUUGUGCUGGAAAAGUAUAACACAGCCUGUCGGGAAAUGGGUCGGCUGCGGGAUGCUGCAGCAGAGGAGCGCCGCCGCAGCGAGGACCUGGCUGCACGGGCAGCGGAGCAGGAGCGCCAGACCUGUGAGAUGCGUGGGCGCUCCGAGCAGUUCGAGAAAACCGCGGAACUGCUGAAAGAGAAGAUGGACCAUCUCAUUGGAGCGUGCCGGGACAAGGAAGCCAAGAUCAAGGAAUUGUUGAAGAAGUUGGAGCAGCUUUCAGAAGAAGUCCUGGCAGUUCGGGGAGAGAAUACCCACCUUGCCCUGCAACUGCAGGAUUCCCAGAAGAACCAUGAAGAGAUCAUCUCCACCUAUAGGAGUCACCUGCUGAAUGCCGCCCGGGGCUACAUGGAACAGGAUGUGUACAAUAUCCUACUUCGAAUCCUCAGCAUGCAGGAGUGAGGCACACUCACUGUGUACCCUCAGAGACAACGGGAUUUAUCUGUUGGAGUAAGAGCAUGCCCGGUUUACAGAGACUCCAUCAAGCUGUUGUGGAUGGGUGGGUGGGGGGACUGGCCACUAGGGAUGGUGUGGGUAGGACUUCACCUGACAUGCACCCCAGACCUGAAAACCUGGACCCUGGAAUCAGCAUGGAUGAGAUCAGAGGUGUGGAUGGAAACCAGCUCCAUGGAAAAUAAAGCAGAAAGCA